AUGCCUCGAAGGUACUCAUUUGGGAGGGCUGAUGAGGCCACUCACCCCGACUCGAUGAAGGCAACUUUGUCUGAAUUCCUCUCUACCUUCAUCUUUGUCUUUGCUGGCGAAGGCUCUGUUCUCGCCUUCCAUGAUAUUUACAGCAAGGACACUGGUUUGAGUGCAUCAGGGUUGGUGGCUAUAGCCCUGGCCCACGCUUUCGCCUUGUUUGCUGCAGUGUCUUCAAGCAUCAACGUGUCGGGGGGUCACGUCAAUCCAGCUGUCACCUUCGGAGCCCUGGUGGGUGGCCGUGUCUCGCUUCUUCGGGCCAUAUACUAUUGGGUUGCUCAGUUGUUGGGUGCCGUGCUUGCGUCUCUCCUAUUACGCCUCUCCACCAAUGGCAUGAGGCCGGUUGGAUUCAGAGUAGGGAGUGGAGUUGGAGAGCUUCACGGGCUGCUGAUGGAGAUAAUAUUGACAUAUGGGCUGGUGUACACGGUUUACGCAACUGCCAUAGACCCGAAAAGGGGAAGCAUGGGCACAAUUGCUCCUCUAGCCAUAGCCUUCAUCGUAGGGGCUAAUGUGCUUGUGGGAGGCCCGUUUGAAGGUGCAUCCAUGAAUCCGGCCCGUGCGUUUGGGCCGGCUCUUGUGGGGUGGAGGUGGCACAACCAUUGGAUCUAUUGGGUUGGGCCUUUUGCCGGUGCAGCCUUGUCGGCCCUCAUCUACGAGUUUGGGAUUAUACAGUCGGAGGCCCCACUCCACACUCAUCAUCAGCCUCUCGCCCCCGAAGAUUACUAG